AUGAUAAUAUUGUGGCGACUACAUAAAUACAAAUAUCUUUUGUCUUCUCAUAGAGAAUUAUCUUUCGAUCCGAACUUGGAGGCCAUCAACUGGGCACAGUUCGCCUAUGUGCAAUAUGCAACUGACACAGAUUAUCUCUGUAAUGCUGUUAUGCUUUUCGAGUCUCUUGAGCGCCUUCGCAGCCUCCCAGAGAGAGUGCUUCUUUUUCCUUCGCACUUUGAUUUGAAGAGCGAAUCUAUGGAAGGGAGACUAUUACGCAAGGCACGUGCAGAGUAUCGCGUCAGACUUAUGCCCAUUGAGGUACAAACUCGACCCGCUGAUGAUACAACAUGGACAGACAGCUAUACCAAGUUGCUGGCCUUCAAUCAAACAGAUUACAAGCGGGUAAUAAGUUUGGACUCGGAUGCUAUCUUACUACAAAGUUUAGAUAAUUUAUUUCUUUGGCCUCCAUCACCGGUAGCCAUGCCACGAGCAUACUGGCUAGAUACCCAGACUCGCCAGCUGACAUCUGCUCUUAUACUUCUUCAACCGUCAGCAUUUGAAUUUGGUCGUAUUUGGGAGCAGAUACAAGCGGCAGGACCUGCAGUGUAUGAUAUGGAGAUCUUGAAUCAGCUCUACAGAGAUACUGCUGUGGUUCUUCCACAUCGUUCAUAUAUCCUUCUGACAGGAGAAUUCCGAGAGCGAAACCACAGCAACUAUCUUGGAAACCCUGAGGCUACUUGGGAUCCGGAUCUAGUAAUUCAAGAGGCAAAGUAUCUUCAUUUUUCGGACUGGCCGGUUCCCAAGCCUUGGCACAAAUCUCCCGCCAGAGUGAUUCAACAGGAGCAACCUACUUGUGACACAGACCAGAGAAGUGGUGCUCUUGCAUGUCGGUCUCGAGACAUCUGGCUAGGUCUUUACGAGAACUUUGUGCAAAGACGGAAGGUAUAG